UCAGCGUUGAGAUAGAACAUUUGUAUUACAGAUUCAAACAAGUAUUUGAAUUAUUAACAGUAUAAAAACAAUUAGAAGUAUUGAUCAUACCCGUGUUUUUACAGAUAAAUUGUGUCGCGAAUACUUAAAGUGUGUGUUCCUUAUUAACAAGGAUUAGGUGUUCAAAAAAUCUGUUAUCAGGACAAUCAUGACAUCUACCUUAUCAGUGCGGGAUCGAGCCUCGCCAAGUGACGUCGUUUGAGUCGAUAUUAAAAAGUUAAUCCAUAGUCAGAAUAAAAUUCAGUGCGUAACGGGAUCGCCUAUCGAUAACAUUCGAUCGGUAAAUCGUUCGCAUCCCUAGAGCUUCCGAAUUUCGAACGAGUACUUCGAAAUUCGAUUUGAAAAUAUUUAAAUUCGCGCCGCGUCCGUUACGUGGAAACGUUUUUCGAAUUUUGUAACCGGUGUGUAAGUGGACAGACAGUACAGAAGUCAGUAAACAAAAUGGCGAGUACCGGCGGUGAAAUUUGGCUUCAGUGGUUCGCGUGCUGCUACCAACCCGCGGCUCAGGCGCAACGAACCCGACGGAGAAUAGACAGGUCCAUGAUCGGCGCGCCCACGAACUUUCAACACACGGGCCACAUAGGGUCAACGGAUGUCGACAUUCCGGCGUCGCUUCUCCACUCUAUGCAGAACCAGAUGCAGAGUAAAGGUGGAUACGAAAUGGCGUACGGCGUCAAGGUUUACUGAUGCCCAUCGCACCAUCAAGGACCAUAGUGACAAAACAGAGUCAAGAGUGGCAGAAGGACGGUGUGUCUUAUUAUGAUCUAAUUAAACUUAUUUAUUUUAAGUUUAGUUUAACCUCUUGUUGUGUAUAUGUAUAGGAAGACCAUAAAAAAAAUCUAAACGAAAUUGUAACGUUACCUAUAUUAUUAUUAUAUUUGUUUAAAAAAAAAAAUUUACGUUUUGGGGACUAUGAAUUUAAUUUAGUUAGUUAUUUGAAUUUACAUUAAUUAAGUUCCUUUGUGUGUUUAAGUUACGAUUGUACCGGUUCGUUAAAGGUGUUUUACGGUUUUUGUAACUUAUUUUUUUUUUUGUAUUGGAAAAGAAACCGUGAAAUUAAUGUUAAUUAAACGCAUAUUAGCUUGCAACAUUACGAUCGAGAUGAGAUUGAAAUAUGAAAUCGCAUAAAUACUUUUUUUUUUAUCCUGGCAACUACAGCUGUUUUUGGCGGGACGAGUGACGUUUUGUAUUAAUUUUGUCGGAGCCCGUUCUAAAAAGAAUAAAAGAAAACUAAUUGGAAAUUGAAUUGCGGGACACGGCUUCGCGAUCCUUCUAAAAAGUCUCAACGAAUUCCCGCCAUUUUACUUUA